AAAACAAGAAAUGAAAUAAAACUAAGUGCAUCAUAAUUCAAAAAUUCAUAACGAAAUUCAUUAAAAAAUAUUUCAAAAUAUAAAGUAAUAAGUUUUGCAAAUGAAUGCUAAAUUAUAAUUAUGAAAAGACACAUUUCUAAAUGAAAUUUUAAUAAAACAUAAGUCCUCUGAAGAUUUAUAGAAAUAACGAACGAGAAGAGACACAGAAAAAGAAAACGCAGACAAAUUCAAAUCGAAUAUUAACCCCUCAAACAAAAGAAAAGGAGAAAAACACAGUGGGCAGAAGAUACAACAACAAUAGACAAGUAGAACUGUGCAAAAAAGGGGGGCUUGUUUAUAAUAAAAGUGAGUUUGGUAAAUUGUUGUUGGUGCAGUGGCUGCAAUUUAUACUAUAUUGGUUUUGUUUUGUUCCAUUUCUCGUUUUCCUUUUCGUUGGAGACAAAUCAAAGGAAGCAAUCGUGAACUUUACAAUUGUGUUUGAGCCAGAGCCACAGCUGAAAGAAAGUCAUCAUAAACAAGAUGACAAAUUUGGAAAGACAACAUGAGUUGGUGAAGAAAAGUUUAGUGCAAUUUGUCAGUGCCCAUAUACCGGGUGCGGAUUUUAGUGGCGUUGACGAAAUUGUACUCUCGUACAUAAUAUCGAUUUUGGAGGAAGCCUCACAAGAUCCCUGUUUUGAUGUGGAAGGUUUUGUGGAAAUGAUGAGUGCUUAUUUUGAGGAUUUUUCAUCGAUUGAUCAGGGUGUGAUAUGCGAUUGGAUUUAUAAAUUGGCCAAUGAAUUGAUUGAGCUGCAAAAGAAUCAAGAUAAUCAUCAUCAGGCAGCUAAUCUGUCAUUUAAUUCACUUUCUUUGUCGGAUAUUAUACCCGAAUCAAAAUUACGUGCUCGUAAUUCUUCAUCCUCUUCGGAAAAGGAUGAGUUCCCAUUAAAUGAAAAUGAUAGUUAUAGUGUGACAAAUAAUGGCUAUGACUUUGAUUUGAUUUAUUGUCAGGAGGCGAAGAUUUUACAGGAAAUGUUUCCGGACUCGGCAUCUGUUGAGAUUAAAUAUUGUGUUGCUAUAGCAAAUGGUGACAUCGAUAGUGCUACUCAGGCACUUUUGCAUCGCCAAGAAACUGGCCAGAGUUUGUCCGAGAAACCAAAUAAUGCCAUAGCUGGUCGCAAGAAUAUCGUUGUAAACGACACUGAACUAAAAAAUCGUAUUAUAGCCAGGUAUUCGUAUGUUGAUAAAGAUGCUAAUAAGAAAGAAUACAAGCCGAUGGUGCCAAAAGUCGAGCCCAAAAAGCUUGUUCGCUAUAGGGACAAUAAAAUUGUCUCGUUAAAGGGCGAACGUUACACAGAAGUAAAACGCGACGAAGAAGCUGAGUUAAAAAAACCCAAAAAGCCAAUUCAACCGUAACUAAAGUUGAAGAAAAUCUACUACAAAUAUUUUAUUAAAAAGUUAAAGCUCAACUUAAAUGAUAAAAAAUACAACAACCGUAAUAUUAAUAAACCAAACACCAUAUAUAAGGACGACUUUCUAAUGGCAGCAGCUGCAGAUGAAGAGAAUUAUGAUGAAGACGAUGUUAACGUUAGAAAAACGUUGAAAAUUGAAGAGAAUGCAGUAAAUAUAAAAUAUAAAAUGAUAAAAUAUCAUUUAAAUUUAAGUAACUUUAAAAGUAUUAUUAUAAAAAAGCAACUACAACAAUUUUGUGUAUCCUCCUCCACUAUUAACACACCCACUUAUACUUAUACAACUACUAAUUCUAAUACUACCACAACUACCAAUUUAAAUAAUCUCCUAAAUAUUUAUAAAGCACAUUUAAUAUUAGUAGCAUCAUUACCAACUCCAACACCACCCACACAAACACUUUGCAAUAACAUUGUAGAAAUGUUAUAUCAACAGAUACACAACACAAAUGCACUUUUCAUGAUGAUGAUAAUGAUGAAUUUACAAUUUACAACAAGUGGCUACCAUGCAAAGGAUAAAAUUUGCAACCGCAACAAACAAAUGCGAUUUAUAAAAGAUAUUAGGCUUCCAUUUGCCACCAAAACCACCAUUUUAUUAACACUAUGGACGACACCAUUAUUAGUAGUAACCAAUGAACCUUUACCAAAGUUUUUACAAAUGUCAUUAAAGAUUAAACAAGAUUCAAACACCGUUACCACGAUGUUGAUGAUGAGAGCACAAUUCUCACACAAUAGUCGUGUUGCUAUCUUCUUGAAGUUUGUGAUCUUUAUUAUUAUUAUUAGUAUAAUUGAUUUGUUCAUUAAUUUUAUUAAACAUUUACUACUAUUAUUUUCAUAUUAUUGUUUAUUGUUAAUUAUAAAUUUAUUUAUUAAAUCCUCCAUAACAACAACAACAACAAA